UAUACGUAUAAAUAUCGCAAGCCAAAAAUCCAUUAAUUGAAAUCCAAUUAAAACAAAACGAAAAAAAAACAAAUAAAGCUACGAAAUUCCAAUAACGAUUAUCAAAUGGUCGCUUGGAUUGAAUAUAACAAAAAAGCGUAGCCGAAAUACGAAUGCAAAUUAGAUGCAAAAUAAAUGGGUAAAAUGAGGUCAAGUAAAUACGAUGUUACCACAGUUUACGGUCUAUGCCAAGAUUAUUUACCUCCUGAUGGUGGUGAUUUCAGGUGCAUUAUGUACAGUAGAAGAUUACGUAAUAAUGUCACAGUGUGCACACAACAAAGCCAUACACCUAGCUGCGGAAGGAACAGUCUCAGUGACAGACAUUUCACAGAUACAAAAUAUAACGAUAGUCGGCCUCCCGGACUAUGUGAACAACGAAUUCAAAAUAGCUCUGUUCGCAAAAGAAACGCAAAGAUAUUUGUGUUUCAACGACAACUGGAGAUUAGUUGGCAUGAAGGAACUGCGCGCUACCUGCUACUUCAACGAGACCAUCGUGCACGGUUAUUUCGUGUUCCGUUCCGUAGUCGAUCUGCAGCGACGUGUUGGGUUCACGCAUCGAGGUAAACCUGUGGGGCCGAAGAAGAGCGUCAACGAUGCCUGCUACAUGUUCAAUAAGAUCGAUGCCGAGCAGUUUUUCCAUCAGCACACGUUACCAAAAUGGCGCGAGACAACAGCAAUGAUGGCGAACAGCAAUCGUAGCAACAGCAACAGCAGCAGCAGCAACUAUCGCAAAGUCUCGCGCAACAAAAACAAUCGCCACAAAUCGAAUAACCAAAAUCAAAAGUUGCAACAGCAACAUGCGCAUCAUGGCCAUAAUAGUAGUAGUAGUCUAAGUAGCACUAACAAAAAACAACAACAACAAUUAGCAUUAGAACGAAAACAACAGCAGCAACAUCAGCAGCAGCAGCAACGGCAGCAACAUCAGGUGCGACAUCAUCAUGAUGACCCCUCAAAGGUGCAGCGACGACAACAACACAGGCAACAGCAACAACGAGUCACAGCUAGUCCAACGAAACAAAUGACUGCCAAGAGUGCAACAGCAACAACCACAACAACAACGACAACAGCAGCAGGAGCAGCAGCAAUAACCAAAUCGUCAACGACAACAAUAACAACAACAACGCAAGCCAGCAAACGCAAAGGCAGACGAAGAAAGGCACGCAAGCAAAAGCAGCAACAGCAGCAGCAAGAACUGCAAAAAUUGCGACUGCUAUCGACAGCAGCAACACUUGAGGGCAGCACAGAUGAAAGCAGCAGCAUCAGCAGCAGUAGCAGCAGUUUUUCCACAGGAUAUGACGAUGGCUACAGCAGCAGCAGUAGCAUCAGCAGCAGCAGUGAGCCCUGGUCCACAUGGUUUGCCACACCCACAGCUACAAUUGAUAGCUAUACGCCAUAUGAGGACAGCAGCAGCAGCAUCAGCAGCAGCAGCAGCACAAGCGCCAACAACAUGUUGCUAACAACAGCAGAAGACAGUAUUAAAUCGUAUAGCAGCAGCAGCAGCAGCAACUACGAUGCCUGGUCCACAUUCAUCACCGAGCUGGAAACCGAAGCAUCAGCAACAAUAACAACAACAGCAACAUCAACUUCAAAUGUCGGCAAUGACACCGACUUGCUGCAGUACGAAGCAGAGCUGGUUGAGGACGUUGAAAAUGGGCUGCAAUCGACGGCAAACUAUGAAACCAAAGCAACAGCAACAACAACAGUAGCUAAAACUACCUCGACAACAGCAGCAGCAACAACUGCAGCAACGGCAGCAACAACAACAACAGCAACAGGCACACAUGCGGUGCUGCAACAAACGCCACUGCCAGCAUCACUGGCCACGCUAAUGUACAACAAAUGGCACACAACGCAGCAGCAACAUGAACCAGGUAACACGACAGCAGCAGCAGCAAGCGCGACAGCAGCAGCAGCAAGCGCAACAGCAGUGCCCACGGCAGCAACUGCAAAGCUCAGCAGGCAUCGCAGCAGCAGCAGCAGCAGCACCAACCCUAACCCCAACCAGCAACAAUUGCUGCGUGACAGCAACAGCAAUAACAAACAGCAGCAGCAACAGCAACACAAACUAUUACGCGCAGCAACAGCAAUGCCGACGGCCAGCACGCGAUCAACAGUGGCUGCCAGCAGUGCAGCAACAGCAGCGGUUGCUGUCCCCAUUACUACACCGCAGCAACAUAUUGCCGAUAAGCUGUUCAGUGUUCACAAGAACAUCAACAGCAAUCUGAACAACACGCUAACCGAAAUAGCGCCAACAGCAACUGCAACGACAACAACAACAACAGAAACAAGAGAAACAACAGGAGCAACAGUUGUUACAACAACCACUAAGAAAUCGCUGCGUAAAUCAAUGCAAAAAUUAUUAGCAACACCCUAUCAUCAGUUGACCUAUGUGCGCAACGAGGCAGGCGACAUAGAUAUUGAUAAUCUGGACAAUAUUAGCGUAUAUCCCGAUGUCUUCGAGGAUGUCUUUAACGAAAACGACAACAGCAACAGCAACAACAAUAUUACAACUAACAGCACCAAUAGUCGUCUGACUUUUGUUAGUGGCUUUCUGGCCACAUCGCCCACAGCCGUCUUACCCGAAUCUAUACGCAUUGGCAUGAUCAAAAUUAACAAUGUGCGACGAAAGCCCAGAUUGGCGUAGUAAAUUAAGCACGCAACAAAAAAAAAACUGAGUUUUGAGUGAUGGGUGGAUGGGUAGGGGAUACAAUCUGAUAAUCGGUUAUCGGUAAUCGGUUUGUGGGUGCAACAGUUAGACGAAUUAGUCGCAGUUAUAUAUAUAUAUAACAACAAAUAUAUAUAUAUACAUAUAGACAUAUAUAGACAUACCUAUACUCAGUACAGUUUUUUCGAAGCGUUUUAAUUUGAAUGGCAAAGAAUUUAUACGAGGCAAAUGAGAAAACAAGUGAAUGGCAAAAAUUAUGCAUUAAUCUAUAUAUAUAUAUAUAUAUUAUAUAAUGAACUGAUACAUAUACAUACUUGCCUAUAUAUGCAUAUGCAUACAUAAAUAUAUGAAGUUGCUUAGGCCACAAACUUUCGGCUUAUUGAUCUGAUUGAUGAUGAUGAUGAUGAUGAUGCCUCAACUCGGUCAGAACUUUGCAACACUUGGCUACACACCAACACACAUACACACAGAAAUUAAGAAACUCAGGCCACAUUUUCAUCAAACACUUGAAGCUAAGGCGGCAGUAAAUACCAGCAAUUACAUAAACAAUUACUUUAGUAAUUGUGAAAACAAUUACUUACAAUUACUGGAGCAAUGCCAAUUUAAAUAUUUAAUUACUUAAAUACAAUUAAUAUUUGUUAUAGUAAUUAUAUGAUGAAUAAACAAAUAACUGAAUUAUCAUUACUUCAAGUAAUUACGUAUAUGUUUUUUUAAUUACCAAAAUAUUUGUGCUGGAAACUACAGCUCUGCUUAUUACUAAACUUUUCCCUCUCUCUCUCUCUGUCUCUCUCUCUCUCUCUCUAUCUCUGCCUAUUUCCAAGCCUGGCCUGUCAGAGAACUCAGAACACACUUUCACAGCUAUUAAAACAAAAGUCAAGCAAAUCAGUUCCAUUGACGAACUCGCAGAACUGCUACAUAGUUAUAAAUGAAAGACAAUAAGAUUUUUAUUUACGAGUAUGUGCUAUAUAACUAACAAAACAAAACCAAACGAAAAACGAAAAAAAAACUGAUAUGU